CGUGAGUUAAUCAGUUCGGACGGAUAGUAUUUAAGCCACAAUCUCCGAACAAGCCCAAAUCAUUCGCUCAUCAUCCACUCAACGGAAUCGAAAUGUGCUUCAGAUAUAGCAUCAGUUUCAUAGUAAUCGCCGCUGUAAUGCUUCUGGCAGCCGGAAUUCGGGCAGCUCCAUCGGAUGUGGUGGUGGAGAAGGCGGAGGAUCCAGCGGUGGCCAAUCCCCUGCCGGAUGCCAGUGAGCUCUCUGUUCCGGAGGACUGCCAUCAGCCCAAGGAAACCGGUCGCUGUUUCGCCCUGUUCUACCGAUAUGCCUACAACGUGGAUACCCAAUCCUGCGAGGAGUUCGUCUACGGAGGAUGUGCCGGCAACAAGAACAACUUCGAGUCCAAGGAGCAGUGCGAGCAGGCCUGUUUGGCAAAGUCUGCGGGUUCCACCACCGACUCAACCACCGAACAAAACAGCGAAGUGGCCACCGAAACUAGCACCUCGGCUUAAAAUAUUUUUGUUUGUUUGUAAUUUAUUUGCCAUCCAUCUUCAUCAUCCGCAAAUAACUCCGCAAUAUUUCACUGAGUUGUUUAUUUAACCAUUUGAUUAUACUUUUUCAAUGAAUAUACUAUUGUGAUUUAUACUCGUACAUA